GUGCACCUCUUGGGCUCUCCCUAACUUUGUUCAGCAACGACGAUAUCUGACCGUCCUUUGACAACUAAACUAACAUAACUUCCCAUAAUUCGUUUGAACGGCUUCUCAGUAUCUACCAGAACUGUCGCCUGGUACAGCCAUGGCUUCCCAAUCUCAUCAGGAGCCGGACCCGCUGGAUGUCUUGCAGAAUAUGGUCAACGAUGUCCUGGUACAUACUGGUAAGGCUCUCAGAGCUUCCCGCAAGGAUGCUCAAGGGAGUACGCAGUCUACUCAGUCAACCCUCAAGUCCAAGUUGCCCGAGUCUAUUGACGGUUUCCGGGAAGCCUUACACAAGCUCGAGUGGGAUAUUAUCGAUGCCAAGUCUGUUCUCAUGCGUGAUAUCAAGCGUCUACAAGAACAGAAGCAGCAGCAGAGCCAGCAGAUUCAGCAAAGUCAACCUACUCCUGUAUCCCAACCCCCACGACCUCAACCAGUUGAAUCUCAGUCCAAAUCUCCCAUGGUCAUCGACCUUGGAUCAUCGCCUCCCCCUCCCCCUCAGGAUCAGCAUAUGACAGAGAUUAAGACUAACAAACCAGUCGCCCCCUUUCCUGACAUGGGCAUGGGGCUUCCCGAUGUCGGCCAACCUAUCAGUGUGCCGAAUGAUGAGACCAGCUCAUCUGUAAUUCCAAGUACUGGACCUGAACAACCGAGCACGAAGAAAAUUUCUCCUGCUGCCCCGGCUUCAGCUCCAGCUGCCACCGCUCCGAUGGCUCCUAUGCCAAUCAUGGAGCAAAAACCUGUGGACAACCAAAACAAUGACGUGACAGACCUUACUGGCGACGGGCCCCAUUCAGAACUCAACUUUACAAAUAUGCAGUUCACGCUGGCUCCGGCCAACAACGACUCGCAGAACCCUUCUAAUUCUCAGGACCCUUCAUUUGACCUUGCAACUUUUGCUCCCCCGGAGGGUAAUGAUGAUAUACUAGGUCUGGACGACAUCCUGCCCACCAACAACACUUCUCAGACAAAUGGCAUCUCACAACUGCCUGCUGGAUCUGCCGAUAACGCAUCCAAGCAAGACCUGCCAAUGGAUACAGACAAUCUGGGAGCCUCACAGGAAAUGUCAACCAAUAAUUAUGACUCGGUGUUUGAUGACGAGAUUUUCGGUGGUCUCGGCACAGGCGACGGUCUCGCCGAUGGAACCGACGACAUUACUUUUGAAUCCCUCAUGAACGACCGGGAUGAUGACAACCUAAACUAUGGCGAAUUUGAUGACAACUUUCUCCUCGAGAAUAUAUAGCGACGCUGUUGCGCACAUCGUCCACGAAACUCGGCCAUCUCUAUGGGUCUCCGACACUCAUUGUCCAGUCACUUAUUUGGCUUCAUGCCAAGAUUACUUUCUCUUGGCCAAUACCAAGACGAACUAGGCAAAGCUGCAUCGGCAGUUGUCAAUAUGGCACGAUCAAGGUCAACGAUAAUAUUUGUGUUUGAAAAGCUUGGCAUCUUCGAUUUUCGAUUUGAUUUUGUUUUCGGCGUUUUGUAAUGGUUCAGAAUGUAUCGGUAGACAUGGACAGGUGUUUGGGUUUUGGGUUAAGCUCACGAUGGUGUUCUCGAUUCAAGAAUGU